CGUCUCCCUAUUCUUAGCCCGCCUCGCCACCUACGUCCCGGCGCGCGCGCGGCCGGCGCACAAACCAGCGAGCGCGCCCUGCCCCCGCCGCCAUUGCCGGCCACCCAUGGACAUCGACCUCGACCGGGCGCGCGCCCUGCGCGUCCUCGGCCGCGGCGCCAUGGGCACCGUCUUCCUCGUCGCGGCGCGCCACGGCGGCUGCCGCUACGCGCUCAAGGUGUUCGACAAGCGCGGCGCCGCGGCGUCCAAGCCCGACGCCGACCGCCGCGCGCGGUGGGAGCUGUCCGUGCUCUCCCGCCUCGCGCACCCGCACCUCCCGUGCCUCCUCGGCUCCGCCGAGACGCCCGACCUCCUCGCCUGGGCCGUCCCCUACUGCCCCGGCGGCGACCUCAACGAGCUCCGCUACACGCUCCCCGACCGCGUCUUCUCCCCCGCGGCGAUACGCUUCUACAUCGCUGAGAUCGUCUCCGCGCUCGCCGAGCUCCACGCGUCCGGCAUCGUCUACCGCGACCUCAAGCCAGAGAACGUGCUCCUCCGCGCCGACGGCCAUGUCACCCUCACCGACUUCGACCUCUCCCGCAUCCUCCCUCCCAAGCAGACGCCGUCGUCCGCGUCGCCGCAGCGCACCAACCAUCACGUGUUCCAUGGCGGCCACCGUCCGCGCGUCUCGGCGCGGAGCGAGAUCCCUCUCGUCAGCCAGGCCAAGCACGAGUCCUUGCCGCCGGCGAUCCCGUCGCCGAGGCAGCAGCUCCAGAACCUGGUCCGGUUCAUCAUGAGGACCGACAGGAGCGAGCUCUCCAAGAAGGCCAAGUCGGCUCGGGUCUCACCGGUGAGCCGGAAGCCGGCGAGCUUCGCCUCCUCCGGCGCGUCCGGCGCGUGGGGGAAGUCCUACUCGUUCGUCGGCACGGAGGAGUACGUGGCGCCUGAGAUGGUGAGGGGCGAGGGCCACGGGUUCGCCAUCGACUGGUGGGCCGUCGGCGUGCUCGUCUACGAGAUGGCGUACGGCCGGACGCCGUUCAAGGGCAAGAACCGCAAGGAGACGUUCCGGAACGUCCUCCUCAAGGACGUCGAGUUCCCGGGGGACAGCCGGCGGCGGCUGCCGGAGCUCACCGACCUCAUCGCGCAGCUGCUGGAGAGGGACCCCAAGAAGAGGCUGGGCUACCACGGCGGCGCCGACGAGGUCCGAGCCCACCCGUUCUUCGCCGGGGUGGCAUGGGACAUGCUCGAGGUGCUGUCCCGGCCGCCCUACAUCCCGCCGCCGGCAGACGACGACGACCACGCGGCCGACGCCGGCGGCGACAACGAAGUCGACGAGCGAAAAGAGUUCAGCGUAAGGGAGUACUUCGAAAAGCUCCACCAGCCGCCGCCUCCGGAGACGGAGAGCUCCUCGUCGGAGUUCUCGUCGGAGUUCUGAGCUGUUGUUCGCUAACGUGGCUACUAUACCUGAGCUUCUCUUUUUGCGUUUUGGUCCUCGUUAGGUUACGAUUUUGUAACGAAGGGGCUGGAGUGCGGUGUAUAUAGAUGGAGGAGGGGUGGAAAUGUAAAUUCGGUGUAGAGGCUGUGGAGAUGCGCAAAAACAUUUUUUUCGAGCGCUGUCGCACCUGCAAGUUUCUGAAUCUGUCCAAGUCAUUUUCCUCUA